AAUUGUUCAUUAGUACCAUCGUUGGUGCAUAUCAAACGACUACUCAGUCGGGAUUCUAGCCUUCAUUACUGGAGUCAAGAGCCAUUUCUCAUCUGGCGCGUCACGCGGGGUGUCGACAACAUCAGAAACAAUGAUAAAGGAUUAGGAAUGAUCAACGAGCAGAUAUGGAUUCUACUCAGAAAUAUUCCAAAGGCUUCUUAUUCACAACAAGUUAUAUUGGACCAUCGCAUCAAGCACUGAAAGAUUGAUUAUGAUACCACCAAGAGAUUGAUCUCUCCGUUAUCGAAAGGCUAGCAACAAAAACAGUCAUUACUCUUAUAAAAGAUGUUUAAUUGACAACUUGGCCAUCUAUCAACUCCUAGAAGGUCAGAUCUGAGUGCAGAAAUCGAUAAGUCCUUCAAAGCUGGUAAAAAGGAAACACUUCCAUUAUCACGUUUCUUUGUCACGUCAAGUCUGAUACUCGGGAAUUUCAGCGGACUUUGGUCAGACAUCAGAUUUGCAAUCAUGGUACUUGGGCAAGACUAGCUGAUGAGGAGGCUGGAGACAGGCUAUCCUUUAACAGACAUAUAUAAGGCUGGUCAGCUGCUGCACCAUCUGUUCAUCAUGGCUUUCUCCAUAACUGGAUUGGUCAAGGUUGUGGUUGUUUCGUUUCUUCUUUUCUUCAAGGAGUUCGGAUCUUGUACAAACGAGACCUUGUCAUCGGAGGCCAAGGUCAUCCGGCUGCUGACCUCCAUCCCGAACUACGAGAAGAGAGUCCGGCCGAUCAAGAACAUUUCCGACCCGAUUUUCAUCAGAGUCAGCUUCUACCCAAGAAGCCUCGUCGAGUUGAGUGAUGAGAAGCAACGCAUCUCCAUGUCAGCAUAUUUUGAUUUGUACUGGAACGACGCCUACAUUAGCUGGGAUCCUGCCGAAUACGGCGGCGUUAAAAGGAUCGUUCUCACCGACCAGGACAUCUGGAAGCCGGAUAUCAUUGCAGUCGACAGCCAUGGUGGUAUUGAUGAUAUCUCCUACACGAUCGGCACCAUAGACCUGGUCGUCUGGUAUGACGGCAAUGUCACGUGGUACUCCAACCGCGUCUUCAUCAGGGCCUGCAAUCUAGACAUGACCUACUUCCCCUACGACACGCAGGAGUGCUACUUCCGGUUUGAGAGUCGCACGAAGAACCGCCAAUCUUUGACCAUGGCCGUCAUGCGCGUGGACGGACAAGUUGAAUCGAUCCUAUUGGACGAACUCGGACGAUCUAUUGACGGCCAAUGGAAUUUCAUGAAAGCAGAAGCUGCGGUCUUCGUCGAGCCUUAUUUGGAUUGGUCGUACUAUAAAGUGACCUUCACGAUGAAACGAAAGCCGACGUAUUUUAUCUUGAAUAUUCUCGGGCCGUGUAUCGUGAUAUCGAUCCUGAUCCCUGUCAUGUUCCACCUGCCGCCAGACUCCGGGGAGAAGAUAUCCAUGGGCGUGACGAUCCUCUUGGCGUUUACCGUGUUCCAGAUGGUCAUCGCAGAGUCUCUGCCCAACACCAGCGACAAGACGCCCAUCAUUGUUAUUUACAUCAUGGGUCUGAUGACGACGUCUGCACUCUCCAUCAUCCUGUCCGUCCUUGUGUUACAACUCCACCUCCGAGGCGAUACAGUCAUGCCAAAAUGCCUGCGUUUUCUCGCUUUCGAAUGUCUGGCGAGAGUUCUCGGGAUGUACGCCUCCGCGCAGAAGAAACUCAAGCGGACGGAAAACGCCGAGUUAUUCUUUGCCAAUCGUAGGAAGUCGAGUAUACCGAACAUUUUCACUCCUGUGGAAAUAAAUGGAAUCCAGCUUGAGCCGGUCACAGGAAAACCAAUUACGGAUGGUGUCCAUCUAUCGGUGUUGACCCCAACGAAUGGGCGCGCCCACUCGUUAGCGGCGCGGAAGGACCUAGAGAACGUCGAGUUGUACCUGGCGAAGAUUGUGGAUUUGAUGAGCAGAUAUUUCAUGUUCCAGAAGGAUCUAGCGGAAAAGAAGGAACUGAGGAAGCAAUGGAAGGAACUGGCAAGGAUUCUGGACAGAUUGUUUAUGUUUGUUUACUUUAUUAUCAACAUCGUUGCUGCUGCUGUGUUCUUUGGGUUGUUCGCCGAUUAUCAGUGAGGUCACGUGAUCGUCCGUGAAAACCCACAAACGGUCUCACUGUAGACGAGCGUGUCAGAAACAUACCCUGCUGUACAGAAAGG